GUGCGGUGCAAGCAAGAGUCUCGGAAAAUACUGUUCAUGAUCCGUCUUGCUGUUCAGAUGGACCUAUAGUUUUGAGAAGGGGCAUAUUAAAACCUGCUACAGCUGAAAAAAAUGUGGAAAUUUUGAAGGAGAAUGCUCGUAAUUGCCUUCAAAGUUGCAUUCUAGAACAUCUAAAUGCGGAUGCUGCUCAUUGUCUUGUACCAAAUGUAAAUGCGCCAUUUGAUUCAGCUAUUUAUAUGCCACUAGCAAUGAACAUCCAUCCCAAGAGAUAUCUUCAGGCACUAUUUUUAGCAUGCCACUACAUAGCAAAUAAUGUGUCAGCAUUGGACUCCGAAGAAAGAGAAAUUGAAUUGCAUAAACAAUCUGUCAGUAGCCUUCAUGAACUUUCAGGUGAAUAUGAUGCAGUGAUUGUAUGUCUUGGGGCUAAAUCCACUGUACUUCGAGAGCUUUCAGGAAAGCUUCCUCUGAGAUUAUGCAGAGGUGUUAUCUCACAACUCCAACUGCCAACGAUCAAUAUUAGUGAAGAAUACAGAUGCCACAGCCCCUCGAUACUCUCCGACGCAUGGCUGGCAUUCCAAUCUUCUCGGAGCGUUCUGAUGGGAUCAACAUGGGAUUGGAACUCCAAGAACUACUCAUCAGAUGUCACUCCAGAAGAAUCAUCGAGGGCUUAUCAAGAUCUUCUUCCAAAAGCCUCUACAGUUUAUCCAACCAUAAAAAAGUGGGAGCUUGUCGGAGCUAGGGCAGGCGUCAGAGCCAUGCCACCUCUGACUCCUCUUGGGUCGCUGCCGCUUCUUGGUUGUAUCGAUGAUUUUGUUGGCGAGAGGGGGCGGUGUAGGUUUUGGUUUGUUGGUGGGCUCGGUUCGAGAGGGCUUCUUUAUCAUGGUUUGAUUGGGAAGUUGAUGGCUAAAGCUGUGAUUUUGUCUGAUGAAGAUGAGAUUCCUGUUGAACUAACUUCUUGGAAGAAUGCUCGGAGGAGGUAAAAUGGGUGUGAGGUAGAAUGUUAUACCUUUAUGGGUUUUUCCCCAUAUAGUCCCUUAGAUCUUUCACAUCUAGAAAUUAGUCUCUAAAAUCAUUGAAAUUGCUAUUAGGUCCCCAAAUUCUCGUAAGUUGUUUUCAGAUCAGUCCCUCUAACCGCUACUUCUAUGCUUUGAUCGGAGGGAUUACUUUCACAAUAACUUAAAGAAUUAGGGUUGAAAUUUGAAUGAUUUCCGGGGUACUAAUUUCAAACUUUGAAAGAUUUAAGGGACUAAUGUAAAAAAAAUCCCAAAAAUUUAAGGUCUUUGUUGUUUAAGAGAGAUCUAGUAUAGGAGGGACAUCAAGUUAUCAGUUUUUGAUAUGUAGCAUGUUUGUCUGCAAUUGGUUUGUUAUGUGUUGUACUUUUGUA